UUGGGAUUGGAGGGAUUGGAAGGUUGGUUAAUCCUGUGUGCGCACUACUUGAAGCCCCCGUCGUCCUUGGGGUGCCAUCUCUUGAGGCCGGGCCAUCGAUGAGGCACGCCUCAUCAGGGAACCACCAGCGAGAGAGUUUUCGCCUGAAAGUCGUUCGGGUCAUGAAAUCAGCAGCCAACUACUGUACCGCGGAAGUCGCGACGGAUUGAUUUACUUAUAAGGUGUUUAUUUUGGGAAUGGGGAGAAUUCCAAGGACCAUGGCAAAAGGAAGGAAGACUAAUUAGGACUCAUUGGUUCAGGGAAGUUCAGGGUUUCGCAAAUUCUACUUGGCGGGAAUCUGAGUUUUAGGCUAGUGAGUUCUUGUAGGGCCUGGAAGAGGAUUUGUUUCCCCAUAGGUUUGACACCAUUCGAUGGUUCAGCCAGUAAAGCUAAGUCUGAAGCCUAGUAUCUUUAGACCUGGAGUUCAAGAAACAACACCAGACAGGACCAUCCGUUCGGGGUCACGAAUGGACUACACCACUCGGGCAGUGAACAUCCCAACGGAAUGGUCCAGCAGCGUUUUUCUGGAAUCUUGAUGUUUACAGACCUCACCGGUGUCAUCAGCUUGAUCUGUGAUGAUGUGACUGACAAAAGCGCCCAGCAACACCUUUCGGACGUCGCUCGCCAAAGACCUUUCGCACGGGACCAGGAGAAGGCGCCUCACUCGCGUUUCCAGCUGCACUACGACUCCGUCCUGGCCAAGGUGGCUGGCCAUGCGGCCGCCGACUUCGUGGUCUUCGCCGAGGCCCAGAGCAGCGGCGACCAGGCCAUGUUGCUGCACAACACCCGCAUCAAGCCUGAGUGGCUGCUGGAGCUUGCGCCGCACUACUUCAAGCAGAUCCGUGCCGGAGAAGCCACCAUGGACCUCUGAGACCGUACGGAGCGACCGAGGAG